CAAAAACAAACAUGGCGCUAGAACCAAAGAAAAAGAAGGCGAAACACGAGGAUUCUAAUUUGUCCGUAGGCGGUACUGAUUUCUUUUCCGUAUAUAACGCAUUAUAAUCCUCGCAAAUUAGUCUUCAGUUUACACUAAUUGCACUGAUUUUUCGUUUUUAGAAUUUAACGACAAGAAGAAAGCUGCAGUUCUUACAGUUCCACGGGCUGUCCUUGCAGACGAAUUCACGCGGCAGUUUAAAACAGGUUACUUAUUCACAAUAUAUACUUUUUGAGAAACUGAUAUACUUUGAGAGGUGAUUAUAGUGUUUGUUAAGUUUUGUUCUUUUCGCGAGAUGUGACACACGUGUUUCAUAAAGAAUAAAGGGCCGCGACAGAAAUAAUUUUCACCCCGCCGCACGUGUUAAGGUCGGAGCGCGAACGCCUUUGUAAAGCACAUUUUGAAGGUUGUCGAGCCAAAAAUACAAGCUUACACAUUUAUUGUGUUCUUUUGUCGACUUGCAGUAGAAGUUUUCGCAGCUGAUAUAAAGGACAGAACCAAAACUUCAGAACUUAUAAGGUAACGUCGCGCGCUGACAAUUAUUAAUCUGAAAUCGAAGUAAACAAAAGUCAUGCGUGUUUGUCUGUUUUUUUUUCUUUUACGAACCAGAUUGAAAAUUUUUAUUCUACUUUUUCUUUUUACAGAAGUCUAAAUGAUAAAUUCCCACUUGCAGGAUUGGAGCAUUUAAAGAGGGUCCGAAGCAUUAAACAUGGGAAAGGUUAGUCUCAUCUCUUUGGUUAGAAGGUAGAACAGUAAGCUUACAGAGUGCAAAGAAAAGAGUGAUCGUUCAUUUUUUACUUCAGCAAAAGUCCGUGCUAUAUUCGCGUGGAGUGCUACUUGUUCUUGUUUUUAUUCUGCCCUUUUUCGUCAUCUGGGUUAAUUAACAUACUCAAAAGUAAUCAGUAUAACAAAUUUCAUGUGCUGGGUAUGUGAUCUCCCAUAUGGUCUAGCGGUUAGGAUUCCUGGUUUUCACCCAGGCGGCCCGGGUUCGACUCCCGGUAUGGGAACACAAAUAUUUUUUUUUUAAUUUUUUUAAUUCAGCUUUGUCUUACUUAUGAAACAAUUUGUAUUUUUUUUGCCAUCUUCAUUUUCAGAUACCAUAAUUCAAAUUAUUUUGUGCCCGAAGAAGAAACAAUGUGUGGACUUCAUCAGUUCUUUGAAGGAUCUUUUGCAACAAAAUAGAAUUAACUCUGAGCUUCUUGGUGAACCUUUUGUGACAAAUGUGGCAAAGCAUUCACCACUUACCAGGGAACAGUUCAAUGAGGCCUCCUCCUGCUGGCCGGUCAAUUUUCAUGAGGAUAAAUAGUAUGUGGAGAGAGGGAGAGAGUUGGGUCUGUGGAGAAGGGGGUAGGGGGGGGAGGGUGGGGUGGGGGCAGUGGGGGAGGGUGGGGUGGGGGCAGUGGGGGGAGGGUGGGGUGGGGGCAGUGGGGGAGGGUGGGGUGGGGACCCGUCCUCGUUUUGCUUAUAAUUUUCAUGGGGGCCGUUAAAUCAAAUAAUUUUUUUUUUCUUGACUGUGUUAAAUUAUUUUUAGUGUGAUGCUAACUGUUUUGAUUCAUGAUUAUUUCCAAGUAUUUCAAGAGUGUUGAGGGGAGAACUGUUUGAUGAUGGUGAACUUCAGCUUAUCACAAAGUUUAUGAGAUUAGCAAUACAAAUAGCUGCAACAAGUGUAACUUCCCAAAAGGUAAAAUUUCUUAACUUUAUGUCUAGCUUGGUACAUUAGAGGAAAAGGGUUAUUCUACCUUUGAAAGAGACAAAGUACUUUCUCAUGUUGUUGGCAUUUUUUGUGAUGCUGAUAAUUCUUUUGUUUAUCUAUCUUGUUUAAUUUUAGUUUCCUAUUGGUGCUGUGAUUGUCGAUCCACAGACAAACCACGCUAUAGCCAUUUCUCAUGACCUCCGUUGCACAGGCCACCCACUCCAGCAUGCUGUCAUGGUCUGCAUUGAUUUAGUGGCUCAUAGUCAGUUGUCAGGGGCUUGGCAACUUGACUGCGAAGCAGUGAAUGGUACAUGGACAAUGAGUGAAAGAAUUCUACAGCUCCAGGAACAUUUAAAUUUUUGUCACCACAAUAAAAGUUCUAUGGACUCCAAAUCAUCAGAAACAGGAGAGAUAUAA